UCAAUAUACAACAAUCAGAAUCCAAAUGUAAAACUAACAUAUUUAUUAAUCCACGAACAAACACCGCAAACGUUAUCACGCUCUGCUAAUUCAUAAAAACAUUAUAAGAAACCCAGGUUCAUUGCCUUAACCCAGUUAUGGUACACUGGAACAAAUAGGAUUCAGGCACACUUCAACCUUACCAGUAUAUCGCGAUGGCGUUGUACAAUUCUUUAACGGGAGCAAUAUUUAUCGUUUGUCACUGCUACUUUGUUUAUUCCACUAUAAUCCCAGUUAUACCUUGCAGUCAUAUAAAAGACCAUCUAAAUUAUAAAGCACAAAAUAAAAUCGAUCAAGAAAUCAUGUUCGGUCUCGCUGACUUGCUUAGGGUUUACUUAACUUAUAAAAUUAUCAAUUCUAAUAUCAAGAGAAAUCCACCAAGUGUUGGGGAAACAAAUCAUUUAUUGUGCUUUGGACUUCGGUCAACACAUCAGCUAAGGUGUAAGCACCAGUAGGAACACCAAGUAUUCCCUUAAUGAUAAGAUCAAUGAUACCUUGGUAUUAGACAUAUUUAUCACCAUCA